UUAUCUUUCUUGAUCAAAAAAAAUUAAUGGCAUCCCAAGAACCUAUUCUUGAAUCUCAAACCCUCAAAACUCCCUCCAAUAACACACCAACACCACCAACAAAAACGGUCGAUCAUCAAGAAACACAUCUCAAUUUACCUUACUCGAAACGGGUAGUCUUGAAAACGAUACUAGAACGCAGCGAUGGAGGCGCGGGAUUGGCGGGUCGAAAAUUGGUGAUUGGGGGAUGGGUGAAGUCUUACAAGGAGGUGGUGAGAAAAGACAGUCCUCGAGCCUUACCGCCACAGCCUAUUGAUGGGGCUGGUACUGUUUCUCGGGCAGGGCAUACGGAUUUUAGUUGCAUGGAGAUUCUUCAUACUAGAGUGCCUAUGUUCAGGUCGAUUACGAAGAUUUUUUUUAGCGGAGCGAAUUAUCCGGUUCGUGCAAAGUUGGAGAAUGUUGCUGCUCCUAAGCCACCCUCUCUGCCUUCGGCUGUGAACUUGCUUGUUAGUGAUGGUUCUUGUGUUUCUAGUCUCCAGGUUACUGUUGAGUUCUCUGAGGCUUUCCCGUUCCGACCAAUGCCUAUCGGAACUUGUAUAAUAGCAGAAGGUGUUCUGGUUCAAUUGCCAGUGCAGGAAAAACAUAGAAUUGAGUUUAAAGUUGACAAAAUUGUUCACAUAGGAAAGGUGGAAGAUGACAAGUAUCCAUUGUCUAAAAAAAGAAUUCCAUUGGAGACCUUGAGAAGCUGUUCCCAUUUUAGGCCUCGGACAACUACUGUGGCUUCUGUUAUGCGAAUCCGUAGUGCUCUCAUAUUUGCAACUAACAAAUUCUUCCAGGAUCACAACUUUCUGAACGUACAAGUUCCAAUCAUAACAGCAACAGACGGGGCAGGAUUCAGCGAAAAAUUCCGAGUCACAACUCUUUCCGGAAAAGAAGUUAAUAAAACGGAGCCGAAAAUGUUGGAUGAUACUACUGAAGGUAUUAUAAGUCUUGAAUCUGUCAAGGCUGCAAUAAAAGAGAAGCAUAAUUUAGUUCAACAACUAAAAAGAACUGAAAGCAACAGAGAGGCUCUGCUUGCUGCAGAGCAAGAUUUGCUCAAAACAAAUCAGUUUGCAUCACAAUUAGAAACUAAACAGAAGUUGUUUUCACAAACUAAAAAUGGUACUCCUGAAGAUUUCUUCGCUCAACCGACGUAUCUAACUGUUUCGGGACGCCUUCAUCUCGAAAGUUAUGCUUGUGCUCUCGGAAAUGUUUUCUCAUUCGGGCCGAGGUUCCGAGCAGAUCGAAGAAUAUCUGCUAAACAUGUUCCUGAGAUGUGGAUGGUUGAGGCUGAAAUGGCUUUUUCAGAAUUAGAGGAUUCAAUGAACUGCGCAGAGGACUAUUUCAAAUUCUUGUGCAAAUGGGCAUUGGAGAAUUGUUCCGACGAUAUGAAUUUUGUUACAAAACGUAUCGACAAAGGCAGAAUCAAUCUUCUUGAAACAAUGUCAUCGUGUUCAAGUCAUAGGAUCACUUACAUGGAAUCAAUGAAUAUUCUGAAGCAGGUUAAAGAUGUAAAAUUCGAAAUUCAGCCUGAAUUGGGAAUAGCUCUAACAGCUCAACAUCUAAGUUAUUUGGCUGAUGAGUAUUAUAAGAGUCCUGUGAUUGUAUACAAUUAUCCGAAAGAAGUUAAGCCUUUUUACGCACGGUUGAAUGACGAUGGCAGAACCGUUGCAGCAUUUGAUAUGGUUGUACCCAAGGGUGGAACAUUCAUUUCAGGUAGCCAAAAUGAGGAACGCAUUGAUAUCUUGAACGAGAGGAUUAGUGAAUUAGAGUUGGCAAAAGAUCAAUAUGAAUGGUACUUAGAUCUUCGUCGGCAUGGAACAGUAAAGCACUCGGGCUUUAGUCUCGGGUUUGAUCUGAUGGUUCUGUUUGCUACUGGCAUUCCUGAUGUGAGGGAGGCAAUUCCUUUUCCAAGAAGCAGUGGCAAAAUUAACAACUGAAACAAUUUUAAUUGUAGUGAUCAUGCAUUGAAAGCUUCUUUGAUGAAUGAUGAUAAUGAAAAGAACAAAUGUACAUGUUAAUCUGUAAAUGUAAAUGUUAAUGCUUGACUAAAGUUAUGUAUAUAAAGAAAAUAAUCAGUUGAAAGAAACUUGUUCCAAAGUUUGCUUA